AUGCAGCUGCGAAGGGCCUGCGCGGCACACCCGAAUAUCAGCAUUUUUGAGACCGAAGUCACCGCGACGAUUAAAGGCGAUUCAGGCCCCGAGAUUCUUGGUGUUGAGACCAGGACUGCCGAUCCAGUCACGGGAAAGAAGAAGCCCGACUGCUUCUUCGGCCAGCUGACCAUUAUCGCGGACGGCUAUGCGUCUAAGUUCCGAAAGCAAUACAUUGGCAAGACGCCUGUCGUCAAGAGCAAGUUCUACGCUCUUGAGCUAAUCGAUUGCCCCUUCCCUCCAGAAGGUUACGGUCACGUCGUCAUCGGAAAGGCGUAUCCCGUUCUCCUCUACCAGAUCGGUACACAUGAGACGCGGGCUCUGAUUGAUGUACCAGAGAAGAUUCCGGAGGCGUCGCCGGAGAAGGGAGGCGUUCGUGGCUAUAUCCGCAAUGUUGUGUUGCCCACUCUGCCCAAACACGUCCAGCCAAGCGUCGAAGCUGCCCUUGCGGACGGCAAGAUCCCAAAGAGCAUGCCCAACAGCUACCUACCGCCGACAAAACAGAUACAACAUCCAGGCGUGAUUGUCCUCGGUGACGCCAUGAACAUGCGCCACCCUUUGACUGGCGGCGGUAUGACUGUGGCUUUCAACGAUGCCGUCGUGCUGACGGAGCUGCUCGAGGACAUUCCAAAUCUGGGCGAUUAUAAGGCUAUCCACAAUGCGAUGCGUGAGUUCCACUGGCGGCGCAAGAGCCUGUCGACCAUCAUCAACACGCUCGCCAUGGCGCUGUACAGCCUCUUUGCGGCGUCGGACCCGCAAUUGACGGCGCUCAAGAUCGGCUGCUUCGACUACUUCCAGCGAGGCAUGACAGAUGAGCCUGUUGCGUUGAUGGGCGGCAUCCUGCACCGCCCGUUCACACUGGCGUCCCACUUCUUCACCGUUGCGUUCCUCGCCAUCUGGCUGCACGCACUGGAGGUCAUGGGCGGCAGCGUCUUUGGCUUCUUGAAGCUGCCGAUCGCGAUCAUUGACGGCAUCCUCAUUCUCUGGAGGGCGUGUGUUGUGUUCUUGCCGGUCAUUUAUCGCGAGUUCCAGUAG